GUCAAAUGCCUAGGGGGGAGGAGUUUAGCAACUUUCUGUUUGUAGAAUUCCUGGAAGGGGAACUAUGCUGCCUUAUCGGAUCGACGAGAAGCAUAAAGUGCUCAGUAACGCGUGUUAAAAUCAGAAGGACCUCCACUGGAUUAAAAAAUGAUGCGUUUCCUGCUGCUGUUCAGUCGGCAGGGGAAGCUCCGGCUGCAGAAGUGGUUCACGCCCCUCACUGACCGCGAGAAGAAAAAGAUCAUCCGCGACAUGAUCACGAUGGUCAUACCCAGAGUGCCCCGCUCCUGCAACUUCUUGCACUGGAGAGAUAUGAAGAUUGUUUACAAGAGGUAUGCCAGCCUGUAUUUCUGCUGUGGGCUGGACGAUCAGGAUAAUGAGCUGCUGGGUUUGGAGGUGCUGCACCGUUAUGUGGAGCUGCUGGACAAAUACUUUGGGAAUGUGUGUGAGCUGGAUAUUAUCUUUAAUUUUGAGAAAGCCUACUUCAUCCUGGACGAGUUCCUGAUGGGGGGGGAGGUGCAGGAGACCUCCAAACUGACCGUGGCCCAGUCUAUGGAGGAGUCUGACCUGCUGCAGGAGACAAUGGAGGAGUACGUGAACAAACCCACCUUCUGAAAUGGGGAAGACGAUGCACUGCAGUUGUAUGUCGGUGAACCUACUGAAUUCUGGGUAAUGGAAACCAUUUUGAUCCACAGGAUAUGUAUUUGUGCAUAUUCUUUUGCACACCUUGAAGCCAACUUCCAAAACUUCAGGCCGUAAACCAGCUGGUUUCUAAUUAUUUUGUAAGUGUGAGAAAAUCUUAUUAACAUGAAUUUAUUAGUAUUUGUGUUAAAGUCAUUUAAAGGUUAUUUUUUGUCAUUUGAAAUGAGCUUUGGGAAUAUAAUCACUGGGGCAAAUAAUUAUUUGAAAUAAGUUUAAUUGUUCAAAUAGCAUUACACUCCCUCCAGAUGAAAUAUUUCAGCCAGUAGGUUAAUAAUGUUUUGUAUGUAUUAUCCAUGUACUGGUCUGGUACAUGGAUAAUGUAUGAAACUGAGAGCUGUCUGCUGUUGAGCUAUUUACAUACCGUUAAUGGGUUAUUAGACUCAAUGUUCCGAGUUCAAUUGUAAUUAUGGUUACUAAUGAAUUCUUCACUGUUAAUCUUCACUAAUCACUAUUAUUUCAACAGAUAUUUGUGCUCCUUACAACCAUGAUCACCCCCCUUUCAUUACAUUACAUUACAUUUC